CCAGCAGUCCAAGAUGCACUAUGGAGCCUGCCAAUCAAUCGCACAAAUGAUGCGCUGGGUUUUUUGCCCAUGUUUGAAGGCAUGUGGGUCAUGCUGACAGAGAAUUUGGCCAUUUCUAAAUCACUCGUCAAUGGGGCUAUUGGAAUGGUGACUGGCAUUCAGUACAAAUUUGAUUGCAAUGGCUGUCAUUAUCCCACAGCAGUCAUGGUCAAUAUGCCUGGUUGUGACCAUGCGCAGGCACACCUACCUCCCAAUACUAUUUGUGUUCAGCCAUGUGCAAGGGCAUACUCAUUUGAAUCCAAAUGCUCAGAUGGGGGAAAAAAUGUGUCGCACUCAAUCUCCAGAAAGUUCCAGCCUUUACUUCCUGCAUAUGCCUACACAGAUUACAAGAGUCAGGGUUGA